CGCACGCGCUUUCGAUUCACCCUGUAAUCGACUCGUUGGGUGCCGGGUAGAGCGUUAAAUUAGGCGUGUUUUUUAUUUUGGCUGAGCAGCUGCUCAGCUUCUACUUGCUUCUACUUGCUUCUAGUAAAGCGUAGAAUGAAGGGGACGCGUCUAUGCAUACUAACAGCAACGGAAAUAAGCAAUUGCCAUAACAUGUAUAUGAGAAUGAAGGCAAGAUAGGAAACACAUAUAAAGAGUGAUAAUUGUUGAUUGUUCAUAUCCCAUCUCAUCAACAAUCAUAACAGAUCUUCAACAGUUAAUCUUUCAUCUCAAUCAAUCAUGUCAGUCUUCUUCUCCACUCAACCUUAUCAUCCCUUCACGGGUGGUCAUCGUCAUGCAAGUCAACCUUCUCACGGUGGCAGACGAUGUGGUAGUGGAAUGACAUUGAAUGUUCAAUCUCCAUUUGAUCCAUUCUCAUCUCGUCAACAUCCAUUCUUUUCUCAACUCGUAGAAGAAGAGGAUGAAGAAGAACAACAAUUGGCACAAUACUUACGUGCACGUUAUCAACAACAACUUCGUCAAGCCGAACUUGAACGUGAACGUGAAAGACGUCGAAUACAACAACAACAAUUCGAACGACAACGUCGUCAAAGGGCCGUAGCUUUGGCCCGGGCUGCUUGGCAGGAAGAACAAGUACGUUUACAUCGAUUGGCGGUUGCAGAAGAACAAUACCGUAGAAGACAACAACGUGCUGCUGCAAUUCAACAACAACAACGACAACAACGACAAUGGCAGGAUAUUGCUUCUCAUGGUUUAGCAACAGCAUUGCAAUUCGCUGAAUGGUUUGGCGGAUUGGGAGAAGAAGAAGAAAGUCACUCCAACAACAAUCAGAUGGAAGUCGAUGAGAAGCCACAAUCAGAGCCAGUCGCUGCAGAAGAGCCUGAACCUCAACCAACGCGAGUAGAGGUUCCCAUCGCUUCAAACGAUGACCAGGAUCCACCAGAGGAGGAUAUUUCGAAAUCCGCUCCUGCUGCAAUCUUCACACUUCCAUUGCCAUCUGAUGCAUCUCAACGUUCUUCAAUUAAAGCUGAAGAUAUUCAAGUCACUUUUGAUGAACCUACAAACACGAUUCAAGUUCGUGGUUUGUGGAAUGUGAACAACGCUGAAAACGAAGAAGAGACUAUUACUCUCUCUUCUGCCUCUUCUGUUACCACAAAUGAAGAUCAAGAGGAAACUCGAGGUCGCAAACGCAGCCGUUCACCAAAACGCCCUCGCGUGAGCGAUGUUGAUGAAACAACAGGCGAAGAAAUCGUUGUCGAACAAGAAGAAAACACCGAUGGCUUCGUAAAUGUAGCAGCAGGCAAACAAGCACAAGGCACUGCACGCAUUCCUGUACCAGAAGGUGCCAAUGUUUCUAAGCUUCGAGCCGAACUAACCGAUGAGGGAUUCAAAUUGUUCCUAUAAGCAAUCGACCUGUACUAUACCAUUUCCGCAUUCAUGUAUUCGCCACUUUUGAAGAAGAAUUUGAUU